AUGGAAAAUCAUGCUUUUGUCGCAGACAAUUUUGAUAAUCUCAAAACGCUUCAGCGCAAAGAAAGAGCUCUGCUGGGUGAUAUGCGUGUUGCUUUCAUACAAAGAGAUUUAAAAGAAUUUGCUGAGUUACUUCAUAGAACUGGCUAUAAAAAUGGAUUUCAUGAAGAUUGUGAAAUUUCGAACAAUAAAAUAAGAUCAUGCAUGCAUCUUCAAAAGUUAAAGACGUCUCGAAAUCUUCUUUUUGAACGUGACGAAUCGAAUGAAAGUCUAUUUGAGGAAAUUCUUGGUAAGCAAGGAAAAGGAAUUUCCAAAUUUAUCAGCCUGAUUUGGGCAGAGUGUGAACUGUGGAGAAAUCAAAAUAUUUUAACUCAAUACAACAUAAAAGAAAAGCAACUGGUUGAUUAUAUUAUCCAGUCGAAUGACGAUGGGAAUUUAUUUGCUUUUUUAGUUUUUGAUUUCGAACAAGAAUCAGAAUCAGUCACAAAAACCAGUAAAAACUACUUUUUGAAAUUAAAGAAUUCACAAUAUACGCAAAAAACUGGCAAGUCUGUGUUUCAAAAGAUUUAUUCAAUAAUUGAUUCUGAAAAUGAGGAUAUUUGUUAUAACAUAAUUAAAAAGUUGCUCGACGAAAUGCAACAAAUUGUAGACAUUCAAGGAGAAACAGCUAUUAAUGAUGUCUUGAACAUGAAAAAUGAAGUUUAUAAGCAUAAAACUCUUAAAAUUUUAUUGACUUAUUGGAAAAUUUUCUCAAAAGAAUACAGUCACUUUAAAGCUGUAGUUUCAAACGUGUCACCAUACUACAACUUGUUUCUUACUCUUAAAGAAGGACACGAAUUUGAAUUUGAUGAACUAUUUCCAAAGUAUUUAUACAGCUUAAAAGAAAAAUAUGGAAAGUGCGAAAUCGAGGAUAUUUUUCAACAAGACUGUAAUUCUCUUUUGGAAUUUGCUCUUCACGAAGGAAAACGUCGUGCGAUUUGUACAAUAAUUGAUAAUCCAGCUGUUGAUCCAAAUAAAGUGGUUAUCAAAGUUAAUGAAUCAUCAUUUGAUAACCAAAAUGUUCAUUUCUUAAUGUCAAAGUUAUUAGAGAGGGGCUUUUAUUUGGGUAAUGACAAUAAUAGAAAGCACGUGCCAAUAGAUUGGAUAAGUCCUCAAGUUUUCGGGGACUUUCUCGACUCAAAGGUCAAAGAAGAUGGCAUAAAUGGAUGUCAAAUCGAUUACAAUUUCUUAAUAAGUCCAAAGAUUCGGAAUGAGAAAAUUAAUGGUGAUUGUGAUGAAAAUGGACGACUCUUAUUCAGUGGCGGUCUUCAAUCACUUGAAAGAAUCCUAGAAAGUGAAAAUUUAAGAGCGUUUAUAACGCAUCCUGUUUUAUCGACAUUUAUUAAUUUAAAAGUCAGAAAAUAUCGGCUGAUUUUUAAUCUCAACUUCUUCAUUUUUAUUGUCUUGUACAUGAUUCCUUUCUUUCUGCUUUUGACACUGAUUCCAUUUAAAAAAUUUUAUACGGAUAUUUUUGAAGACUAUGGUGAACCCUACAUGCGAAAUAAUAAAACUUACUACAAACUAUUUGGCAUGACAAGAGCACAACUUUUUGAUCUACCUUAUUAUGCUUGCUAUUUUGCAACCAUCUACCUCACUCUUAGAGAAUGCUUACAACUUUUUGUCGUAUGCAACAGCUUUAAAGACUAUUUUAAGAAAAACAGCAAUCAGUUUGAAAUUGUAAUAAUUGGAUUAUCAUGGUUCAUAUUGUAUGGUCUAAAGAACUUUUCGGCAAAUGAAACUAAAACUUACUUGACAAUUCCAUCAGCUUUCAUCAUAAUUUUUGCUACUGUCGAAUUGCUGAGCAUAUUGCCAUAUCCAUCUAUGUCGAUUUACAUGUUUAUGUUGAAACAGGUCACAAAUACUUUCCUCAAGUUUUUCACAAUAUUCAUCGUUAUCAUAAUAGCGUUUACCUUCAGCUUCUGCAUUGUACUUAAGCCUCCUGCAAAUAAACUACCAUCGCCAUGGCGUCAGUUAAGAAGAGAUUGGAGCAGUUUUACUGAAACCAGUAAUACACCAUUUGAGCAAUUUAAAGAACCAGCAGUCAUGUUUGUCAAUACAUUAGAAGAUGCACUUCAGGAUAAUGAAACGGUUUUUAGAAAUUUCGAAAAUCCAUUUACAUCCUUUCAAAAAACACUGCUGAUGUUUUCAGGAGAGUAUACAAUCGAGCCCUAUACACUUGAUUCCGUUUCUAAACAAAUUCUCUUCUUACUCUUUGUGUUUACAUCGUUCAUACUGUUUAAUUUGAUUAAUGGUUUGGCAAUCAGUGACAUUCAGCAGUUGAAGGAACAUGCUGAGUUUUUAAAUUUAAAACAACAAAUACGAAAUGCCUCAGAGAGUGAAGGUGUGCUUUGUGAUGUUUAUUGGAAAGUUUGCCAAACAUCAAAGCAAAACAGUUGGUGGCGAAAAUGUGUAAUGUUCAUAAUGACUCUGCUCAUACGGAAAUAUCCAUAUCUUCAUAAAAUGGAUAAUUUGUGCAUUGAUUUUAAGAACAAAACUGUGAAAUAUGAGUGGGAUCACAAACAGACACACAUAUUACGAACCAACAAUGGUAAUACGGGAAGAUAUACACUUGAUGGAGAGACAAUUAAAAAAUUGAGAGAAAUAGUUGAAAAACGACACAGCACCGAGGAAAGCGUGAAUGAAAAAGUUGAAAACUUGAAGGAUGAAGUGAAAAAGUUAAAAUUGAGUCUGAAUAACCAACAUGAAGAGAUGAAAAAAUUGAUGGAAGCAUUUUUGUUGCAAAAGAGUUAA